AUGUCUGCCAUAACAUCCGACCAUACCCUCGUCCUGGUUUCUGGCGCGAAUCAAGGCCUUGGGUACGAGACAGUCAAGAAGCUAGCAGCCGAACAGGCGAAUUACCAUAUCCUCCUUGGCUCCCGCAGCUUCGAGAGGGGCAAGCAAGCCGCCAGCGGCAUUACCCACCUGGCCCAGGGCACAUCCGUCGAACCCAUAGAGCUCGACAUGGACAGUGACGACUCCAUCGCCAAAGCCGCCAAAUACGUGUCGGAAAAGUACGGACGUCUCGACGUCCUCUUCAACAACGCCGGCAUCAGCAACGUCCAAGGCGCGACCACGCGUGAGAACUUCAACCGCGUGCUCGCCACCAACGUCACGGGAUAUGCCUGCACGACUGAAGCAUUCAUCCCUUUGCUGCGAAAGGCUGAAAUCCCUCGUCUGGUCUUCAUGUCGUCCGGCCUAGGGUCGAUCACCUGUAUUUUGGAUCCCAAAUGGCCAUUCUACGGGCUCGGAGAUGCCCUUGAAAACAAGCCAUACAUUGUAUCAAAGACUGCUGACAAUAUGCUCGGUGCGCUGUACGCUGUUCAGCUCGGCAAGGAGGGGUUCAAGGUCAAUAUGAUUGAUCCGGGAUUCAGGGCUACCAAUCUGAAUGGAUAUGCGAGUAUGGCGGGCAAUCCCAGCGACGGGGCGAUACAAGCGUGCAAGUUGAUUACCGACACUGAUAAGAAUGGGCUGCAUGCGACCUUUACGUCCAUGGACAUGACAUAUCCGUGGUGA